AUGUUGAUAGGCAACAAAUUUAUGAAUAGAUAGGUGAGAGGCUUCGCUACUAAAAACGAUGGAGCAAACUUUAAAUCUGGAAUGAUCAAUUUAGGAUUAGCUGUAUUUGUUAGAGAGAAGUACGCUUGUCUUAUUCACAGAUUCCAGAAGUAUGACAGAUUGAUGUAGCCAGGCUUUAACUUCAAGAUUCCUUUUGUUGAUUCAGUUGAAUAUGUACAUGACUUAAGAGAGCAAGUCAUUGAAAUAUCAUCAUAAGUAGCAGUUACUAAGGAUAAUGUAGCUCUUCAUAUUGAUGGUGUACUUUAUAUCGAAAUAGUUGAUCCACAAAAGGCAUCUUACAAUGUUGAGAAUAUUUACUCAGCCAUCACUAACUUGGCUCAAACAACCAUGAGAUCUGAGAUCGGUAAACUCACUCUUGAUAAAACUUUCGAGGAAAGAGAAACUUUGAAUCAAAAUAUCAUCAAAUCUAUAAGUAAGGAAACAAAGGAUUGGGGAAUAUCUGCCUUAAGAUAUGAGAUUAAAGAUAUCGAACCUCCCAGCAACAUUUAAAAGUCUAUGAUUCUUUAAGCAGAAGCUGAAAGACGUAAAAGAGCUAGCAUUCUCACAUCUGAAGGAGAUAAACUAGCAAGCAUUAAUGUCUCUGAAGCUGAGAAAAAAGCGGCUGUAUUAAAAGCAGAAGGAGCUGCUGAGUCUAUGAUUAUUCAAGCUGAAGCCUCAUCUCAAGCACUUAACCAAAUUGAUCAAGCUUUGAAAUAAUAAGGAGGUCUUGAUGCUGCACAAUUCUUGAUGGGUCAAAGAUACAUUCAAGCUUAUGCUAAAUUAGCAAGUAAGGAUAACACCAUUGUUCUCCCAGCUGAACCAAUCAGAGUACAAGAACAAGUAAGUAAAUCACUCCAUUUGAUGCAAGGAUCAGGAUCGGGUUACAGUGAUAAACAACAGUAGGUUAACUAAUGA